UUGAGUCGUUAUAAGGGAUGGUAGUGUCAGUUUUUCCGUCGAUAUCGGUUGGAUUCGCGUUUUGUAACUUUGGAUAUAAUAAUUCACUCUUGUUCAGUGCAAAGAGGUAGAUUUGUGCGCGUAAAUAUUUAUUGAAUGAAUUUAUCGGGUGAGGAGCGAAUGAAUUAUAAGCCGGAGUGUUGCCUGUGCCAAAAUUACUUGCAGGAUUAAACGUUGUGUGCCCCGUCGUGUAUUUUUAAACAUCACAAGAUUUCCAAGAUAAUCCGACAUAUCACCCAGUACAUCCAUAUAUUGUUCGCCUUGACGUUUGCUUCUGGUCAACAAUUCUGUCCCACCUACAGUGAUUGACUUUUCAUCACUUGCCAUGUCAUCUUGUUGCCAAUCCCUUGACCAUAUCUUCAAAGAAAAUAUGACGUCAGAACAAAGAAGCAUUCGGAAUUGAAUCAGAAAACACCUUCUACAACUAAUCUUCUAGUGACGUCGCAUCGUGCUGCCAAAUAGUUGAUGUAAAUCAACCAAAAUGAUCGCCACGAGCUGCCAAAUUCUCGUGGUCGUCCUCCUUCUCACGUCACCGGUCCUUCCAUCAGUGAUAUCAUCAUCAGAAGGAGAAGGAAAAUGCGAAGAAAUCACCAUACCCAUGUGUCUGGGUAUCGGAUACAACAUGACUCGGAUGCCAAACGAACUGAACCACGAAACCCAAGAAGAAGCGGGCUUGGAAGUCCACCAAUUCUGGCCCUUAGUCGAAAUUAAGUGUUCUCCCGACUUGAAGUUCUUCCUCUGCUCCAUGUACGCUCCCAUAUGUCUUCAUAUAUACACUCAGCCCCUACCGCCUUGCAGGGACCUGUGCAGAAGAGCCCGUGAAGGUUGCGAACCAAUCAUGACCCAGUACGGCUUCUCCUGGCCCGAGCGAAUGGAAUGCGACCAGUUCCCAGUCCAAGGCGGCGAAAUACUCUGCAUGGACGACCCGACUCACAACAGCACGGCCCCGAAGAGCAACAGCAAGAAACCCCUCAAACCUUGCAAGCCGGGUUCAAAAAACUGCGAAAGUCCCCACGGAGGCACAAGAGCAAAGGGCGCCGCCAGCAGCGGCAACAGCAACACGAACGCCAACAGCAACGAGUGUCGCUGCCACUGUCAACUACCCCUCGUCUCCCUGGGGCCCGAAACCUCACUCGCUCAGGCAAACCGAAGCGUCGCCGGCGUGCCCGCCUGUGCGUUCCCCUGCAAGGAACCCUUCUUGAGCCAGGAAGAGAAGGAGUUCGCCUCGAUCUGGAUAACUCUAUGGUCGGGUCUCUGCGCCGCUUCUACUCUAAUGACUCUUACCACAUUUUUCAUCGAGACUGAGCGGUUCAAGUAUCCGGAAAGGCCUAUAGUCUUCCUGUCCGCUUGUUACUUCCUGGUAUCCGUCGGAUAUCUUAUUCGAGUUGGUGUGGGACACGAAGCGGUAGCUUGUGAUGGACGGAUGAUUCGGUAUUCGUCUAACGGGACUAGCGUGUGUACCUUGGUGUUUCUUUUAGUGUACUUUUUCGGAAUGGCCUCGUCGAUAUGGUGGGUGAUCCUUUCGUUUACUUGGUUCCUGGCUGCGGGACUUAAGUGGGGAAAUGAGGCUAUCGCGAGUUACGCGCAGUGUUUUCACGUGGCGGCUUGGUUGAUUCCGACCCUCCAAACGCUGGGAGUGUUACUAAGCAGCGCCAUCGAUGGAGAUCCAGUUUCCGGUAUCUGUUACGUCGGUAACAUGAACAUGGAAAACCUCCGCACCUUCGUGCUAGGACCCUUGGUCGUGUACCUUAUCGUAGGAACAAGCUUCCUUCUUGCCGGAUUCGUCUCUCUGUUCCGAAUCAGGAACGUGAUCAAGAAACAAGGAGGAGCCGGGGCUGGAUCCAAAGCUGAUAAACUCGAGAAACUCAUGAUCCGUAUCGGAAUUUUCAGCGUUCUUUACACCGUGCCGGCCACAAUCGUCAUCGGAUGCCACCUGUACGAAAACGCCUUCCACAACGAAUGGCUCAGAUCGUUAACGUGCAACUGCAUCAACAGUCCCAAAUCUAAGCCACUCUACUCCCUCCUGAUGCUCAAGUACUUCAUGGCUUUAGCCGUGGGCAUCACCAGCGGAGUAUGGAUCUGGUCAGGCAAAACCCUCGACUCCUGGAAGCGUCUCUGGAGGAGGCUCUUCGGAAGACCGGACAUUUCCGGAGCCAACGCCGUCCUGAUCAAAAGCCGAACCGGUAAACCACCUCCUCCGCAGUAUCUGAUCGCUGGUCCAGGCAGCGCUAGCUUGCUGGGACCAACGGGCAGCGUGGCCUCGGCCAGUCAGCACCACCUGCACCAUCACGUACUGAAGCAGCCGCCGUUAAGUCACGUAUGACAAGCAGGGGAUGGGUCGGCGCCCGUCGUGGUCAGUCACACUGCUCCAUCCGGUCCGUCGUUAAGCAACUACGGGCCCAUUUGAGUGACCGUGAAGGGUCCGAAGACCAUGGUCACAGCUCUCUAGUCGUUCUACGGUGCCAUCGUGCGGGGGACGCGGACGGUCGCGCGCGCCUCAAUCCGUUAAGUUUGUACAGGACACGGACGUGUUUUUUUGUUCUAGUUUUUCGUUCUUUUUUGUAUUUAUUUAUUAUUGAAGUCUUGCAAAUCGGGUAGGUGUACAGAGAUUCGUGUUUCUUUUAGAAAAGAAUGAUCUAAACCUCCGCCAUUGAUAAAUUCGUUAUACAAUUUAAUAUUUUAUAAUGAUCUACUUUUUUAUAUUUGUUUCGCUACUUUGAAAAUCACGAUAAGGAAAGUCUGUAACUUCAUCCAAGAGCUUUACCUAAAAAAUUAUUUUGCAAAAGUUCAGAAAAUAUUUAGAUCAAAUGAUUCCACAAAAAAAUUCAGUAAAGGUCAAAGUUAUCAGUGCAUUAAUGAUACGUAAAGAUUGCUUAGAAAUUACAAUAUUACAUACAGCAUACCUACACAAAGUUCGAUUUCAUCUGGUUUUGUUGUGUCAAUGAUAGUAUAUUGUUGUGGUUUGGAGGCACAAAAAAUCAUUUUUACUCCGAACAUGCUAAUUUUUUCAAACGCCACAAAUAAUUUUUUAAACAAUUUCAGAAGUUCCAAAUAAUAAAAAAGAUUUGAAAGCCCUGUUUUUAAAAAUAGCAGUUUUUUAACAACAUUUAUAGCUAGUUCUUGUUAUAGACUCAUUCCUAUCCUGAUUUUCAAUAUAAAGUAGAAGAAAUUUUCUGUUUCACCAUUUUUCUAUUUAGAUUAUGAUUUCUUUGACUAUAAAUUUAUAGACAAAUAAAUUUAUCGAAACAUACUCAUUUCGGAGUUUUGCCUUUUACUUAUUUAACUCAUUUCUUGUUGUUUUUUGUAUAUAACGUGAUUCUUUGGACUCAUUAUGAAACUUUUUCCGUCUUACUAUCUAAUGCCACUAACUGAA